AUGGCUGCCAAUCCUCGUGCAUCCGGGCGGCAGUCGCGGCCGCCGAAGCAAAACAAGACCGACAUCCGCCACCACAAGCGGAAGCGAGAUCAGCACGAUCUGACCACGUUGGAGGAGGCCAUUCGCGAACUAGACCCCAAGGCCGACCUCGAAAACUUCUCCGAACUGCCACUCUCGCGAGCCACCGCCAAGGGCCUGUCCGCCUCGCACUUCCAGACCCUCACCGACGUGCAGGCCCGCGCGAUCCCGCUGGCGCUGCAGGGCAAGGACAUUCUCGGCGCGGCCAAGACGGGCAGUGGAAAGACGCUCGCGUUCCUGGUUCCGCUGCUUGAGAAGCUGCACCGCGCGCAGUGGACCGAGUACGACGGGCUGGGCGCGCUGGUGCUCUCGCCGACGCGCGAGCUGGCGGUGCAAAUCUACGAGGUGCUGCGCAAGAUUGGCCGCUACCACAGCUUCUCGGCCGGACUGGUUAUUGGUGGAAAGAAUCUCAAGGAGGAGGCCGAGCGCCUUACGCGCAUGAACAUUCUCAUCUGCACGCCCGGCCGCAUGCUGCAGCACCUCGACCAGACGGCCGGCUUCGACGCCAAUAACCUGCAGCUUCUGGUCCUCGACGAGGCCGACCGCAUCAUGGACAUGGGAUUCCAGGCAGACGUUGACGCGCUGGUCGAGCACCUGCCCAAGGAGCGUCAGACGCUCAUGUUUAGCGCCACGCAGAGCAAAAAGGUAUCUGACCUGGCCCGCUUGAGCCUCAAAGACCCUGAAUACGUCUCGGUGCACGAAGCCGCCAUCUCUGCCACUCCGACCAACCUGCAGCAGCAUUACAUCGUUACGCCCUUGCACGAGAAGCUCGACACGUUGUUUGGAUUCAUCAAGGCGUCGCUCAAGAGCAAAAUCAUCGUGUUCCUGAGCUCUGGCAAGCAGGUUCGCUUCGUUUACGAGAGUUUCCGACAUCUUCAGCCCGGUAUUCCCCUUCUGCACUUGCACGGUCGCCAGAAGCAGGUCCAGCGACUCGAGAUUACAAACCGAUUCAGAGCAGCCAAGGAGGCAUGUCUGUUUGCCACAGAUGUCGUCGCCCGUGGUAUAGACUUUCCGGCCGUCCACUGGGUUAUUCAGGUUGACUGCCCCGAAGACACCGAUACCUACAUUCACAGAGUAGGCCGUACUGCCCGCUUCGAGAGAAACGGUCGCGCCGUACUGUUUCUCGAGACGAGUGAGGAGGCUGGCAUGAUCAAGAAGCUUGAGCAAAAAAAAAUUCCGAUCCAAAUGAUUAACAUCAAAGAACAGAAGAAGCGCAGCGUGAAGAACGAUUUGCAGAGUAUGUGCUUCCAGAACCCAGAUCUCAAGUACCUGGGGCAAAAGUCAUUUAUCAGUUAUACACGGUCCAUCCAUUUACAAAAAGACAAAGAAGUGUUCAACCUGAAGAAAUUGGAUCUGGACGCUUAUGCGUCUAGCUUGGGGCUUCCUGGUACACCGCAAAUCAAGUUUCAAAAGGGCGACGACAUCAAGAAGAUCAAGAAUGCCUCGAGACAAGGGAUGGCUAGCGAUUCUGAGUCGGAUAUGGACCUGGAUGGACCGAAGAAGCCGAAAAAGAAGGAUGAAGUCCGCACGAAGUAUGACAAAAUGUUUGAGCGAACGAAUCAGGACGUUCUCUCUUCUCACUACAGCAAGAUGGUGGUCGAUGGUGACAAGGCCGCCGACUCCGACUCAGAUGACGAUUUCUUGUCUGUCAAGCGCCGCCUGAACGACGACGACCUGGAUGCCGAGGCCAGGAAAGUUAACCCCGACGGCCCCAAGGUCAUUUUCGGCCUCGGUGGCGAGGAGCCCUACGUGAUCGACUCGAAGCGCCGCGAAAAGGCGCUCCAGUCCAAGAAGAAGAUGCUCAAGUUCAUGGGCAACGCCUCCAAGCUCGUCUUUGACGACGAGGGCAACUCGCACGAGAUAUACGAGCUGCGGCGCGAGCGCGACUUCAAGGAGGCCGGUCCCGCCGACGCCCAGCGUGCCGAGUUCCUCGAGGGUGAGACGGCGCGCACGCGCGCCGCUGACGCCGAGGACAAGGCACUGGCCAAGCAGCGGAAGCGCGACAAGAAGGAGAAGCUCAAGGAGCGGGAGCGCGAAGAGCGCCUGGGCGAGGACGGCAAAGGCGAGGGCGACGAGGAGGACGGGGACGACGCACCGCUGUUGGUCGGCGGCGGGGACAGCAACGAAGCGCUCGAGUUCCUGCGGUCGCUGCCGAUUGCGGGCAAAGACGGCGACGAGAGCGGGGAGGAGGAGCCGCCGAAGAAGAAAGCCAAGAAGUGGUUCCAAGACGACGAGGACCUCGACAGUGGCAAGACGAAAAAGAAGAAGAGCAAAAAGGGCGGGAAAGUGUUCGAGGUGGCCGAGGAGCCCGAGACGCUGGAGGACCUCGAAAAACUGGCCGCUGGUCUCUUGGACGGAUAG